AAGACCAAGAGACGUUCCUGGGCACUUGACCAUGAGAAUGACUGCAUUUAACUUGAAUGCCUAUGGCCUGAUAUUUUGAAAAAGGCAGUCCCUAUAACGUAGGGAGCAGCAUUGGGUUUUGUCAUUUAGAAUUCAAACGACCUGGGUACAUCACACUGGAAACACCUCCUGCAAGCCUGGGAAUAAACUUGGGCGGGUGGAAGGAGGUGAAGGAGAGUGCUUGGUAGACGGUAAGCCUUGCCAGUAGGGUUGGCUUUGAUCGUCAUGCUGCCUGACCUCCCCUGGGCCUAUUUCACAACACAGUACCUAUCUACAAUGGCUGCCUAGGCAACAGAGCCCCCCCACGCGCUGGGCUCAGGGCGGGGCUAGUUCUACCCGCCUGGAGAAGGCAGAGUGCAAAGCAGUUUCCGUUACUUUGGGGGCGGAGCCUCUGCGGGGGGUAACGGUCGUCCGGGCCAGUGCGCUUGCGCACUGCUUUACACACCAGACGCGUGAAGGAGACCGAAAAGGCGGUUAUUCCUUUGACCGUGUCCCGGUGCUUGCCGACAUGGACAGCAGCGAUUCCGACGACGACGAUGGAGAAGGCAGAUUUUCUAUCUACCUAAGGCGUCCGAUGGACAGGCCACCUCGAGAAGAGGGUUCCCAUCCAUCUGUGACCCACCGCUCUGAGGGAGAAACUUACGAAUCCGAACAGACCAGAGACGAGGAAUCGCUAGGCGCUGUCGGCGGCCAAGACACCGAAAAACCUGCGAGAAACGUGAAACCGGACGAGUCACUGUCAGGUAGAGGAGACUCUUCUGCAGCAGAUACACUGAACCCUACUGGACAAGGCGAUGAUGUGGCUGGAUUUGAGCAAAGAGAACACCAAUCCUCCACAGCAACAAACCAGAGUAAUCUUAGUGACAUCAGAUCUAGUGAGAGAAUGCGUUUAAGCCCUAAUAAAGGGAGACGAAAUUUAGGCAAUGAAUAUGCAUCAUCUACUACAUUUUCAAGGGAGGAAAAUGUGCAAACCAUCCAUAGCCAAAUGGAAAGCACAUUAUCUGUAUCAACACUUGCAAGGCCAUCUACUUCAGAACAACGACAUACACCCGAAGAAGUCACGGAAGUGCCAUCUAUCGGAACCCAGAGACGAAGCAGAAUGUGGAGCCCUGACCAUAGGCGGAUCAGAGCAAGACCUGGACACAGAUCUCCAGCAACUUCACCGAGUGGACUUUUUCAAAGAUAUUACAUGCCACCUGAUAGUUUAGAGCAGUCUAUUGCAGCUGAGACUGAGAUAUCUUCUGAAAUUCAACAACAUGAGACAUUUAGACCACAACUAACUGAACCUGAGUUGCAGAGUAGACAUCCUUUUGCAUCAUCCAGAGCAAGGGGUGCUGUUCCAAGAGAGUAUUCUCUAGAAACAGCACGUGCUCGUGGAAAUGUAGGAUUGAGACAGAGACGUCUAACCAGACUCGUAGAUCUUCAAGUCACAGUUUAUCGGGGCGAAUUUGUACCAAUAGACAGGUUAGCUAGUAGAAUCCAGUUACUAUCUGAGACACCAGACAAUACUGUCACUUCAGAAAGUGAACAAGAGAGUCCCAGAAAUAUUUCUUCAGAUUCUGAGCAGGCAGAUGUGAGACCUCGCAAUACCAUCAGAUUCCCUUCAGCAGCUCAGAGCUCAUCAGGGCAGAUGUCAGAAUUUGGUGCAUCCAGCAACCUUAUGGAUAGUGAUAGUGAUUUUGAGUCUACUGUGCCACUGCUAAGUCAAGAUAUAGAAAGGGCACGAUUACAGAGUAGAAGGAAUGUUGGCACUUAUGAUGAUCCUCUUCUAGAAGAUCCUGCCUUUAAUCCCAGUUCAGGUCCCCUAUUUUUUGGUUCACAUUCCAGAUAUAUGUUUAGCUCCAGUUCUAAUCUUAUAUCUAGCUCAAGCUCAAGCAGUGAAAAUUCAGAUAGUAAUCCAGUGAUGUUUGAAGCCAGUAGUGAAGGAAGCUUAUCAUCACGCUCAGCAUUGGAGGCCAGGCGAGAAAGUGGAAAUAGGGUCCAAAUAGCAUUUGGUGAGCGUGAUGCUCAGCCAGCUCCUAAUCCACCUCCUUUUUUUGUUGUAAAUGAACCACAUUAUUACCAACCUAUAGGCCUCACCAGACAACAGAUUGACAGCUUGGCAGUAAGAAAUUUUGAUAACACUGAUGCAUUAAAAUCCUGUAGCAUUUGCAUCACAGAAUACAGAGAAGGGAGCAAGCUACGCAUACUACCUUGUUCUCAUGAAUAUCAUGCCCAUUGCAUUGAUCGCUGGCUGUCUGAAAACACUACCUGUCCUAUUUGUCGUAGGAGGGUACUAGAGUCUAGUGAUUGAGAAAGUUCCAGAUAAAGUUCAAGCGCUCAGCUAUAUGAAGUGAUAGACUAGCUAGUGAUAGAUUAACAAGUUUUACUUCCCUUAGGUCCCACUUAGAAAGAUACU